CGGUGCAGAAACCUGUGUGGCCACGUGUGUGUCGGCUUUAUGUGUAUGUGCUUGUGUCGUUGGCUCGUGACUUGCGUCUCUUUUGUGCAAAACGGAAGUAGCCCAUCGGAUCGGAUCUGAUCCCGUUCCCCAAGUCGAACCGAAGAACGAAUCUUCUGGGGCCACGCAUCCUGGGGCCGCUGUUUUCACCUGCUGGAGGGCGAAAGGAAAUGGAAAACGGCGUCAUCGUCAUCGCAUAAAUAAGGGUGACCAAAUUGAAUAACUUCUCCACGGCAACAGUGGUGGGGUCAGCCGACAGAGAACGAAAACAACGCGAGCCCUCUGGCCGCCCGGAGGAACAGGUUGUCCUCGCUGUGCGUCCUUUUCGGGGGCUUCACUUCGGGGUUCGGGCCGUUCGAAUCCGAUUGCCGUUACCUUGGUGCAUUCAAACAAACAAGUUGCUGCGCUGUUUGUCAUCGUCGCCAGUAACCUGUGGCAACGGCCAUUAUCCUUUAAAGAACACACGCGGAACGGUGCCGGCACGUUCGGCACAAAUCUGCAGCCUGCGUCUUCCGGCCACCGGUGUCGAGGAUCACGCAACCAUUAUGCGCAACCGGCUGCUGCGGGCUCCGGAACACGAGAUGAUUAAUAUUGUGGCAGCACGGCCCACUACCACCACCAGCAAACCGAGCGGCAGCAUACUAAUCACUGUCGGUGCGCAACAGUCCGGGCGAACGUAAGGCAGACACGGGUCACAGGACGCGCCGCCCCGGCUCGGAAAGUGGAAAAGUCCAAUAAAGAAGAGGGGAAAAAAACAAACAAAUUUGCCGAAAAUUUGCUCUCAUCCAGGCGACAAUUUUUGACCAGCCUCCCAACACUCAGGGGCGGAAGGAAGUAGCACCGGUCGCCGUGCCGCUAGGUCGAGCGGAAAACAACGGAAAAUUAAUCAUCGACACCGAAACCGAUCAAGAUGCCGGCCACCACCACCGCCACGGUCAAGAGUGAAGGACCGACGGUGACGGACCAGCAUAACAACGACUGUGAUAAUGAGGAGGAGGAACCGAAGGACAUGAAAAAUGCGCAUCUAAUAAUCGGUCAGCUUCGAGCUCGGUGUCGAAAUCAAUCAGAGCAGAUCAUGGCCUGGAAGAAAGCUUACUCCUUGCAGCAAGAGCAAAACCGUCGCUUGCAGAAGGAGAAAGCCGAGCAGCUAAACUACCUGACCAGCCAGCUACUCCUGCUGGAGUCGCGCAUCAUGCGCAAGCAGAAGCAGGUAUCGAACGUGAUCUACCAACGCGAGCUGACGAUCUACCGGCAGCAGAAGAUCAUCGAAACCCUCUCUAGUCGCCUGAUCGACCACGGCAUCAUGGACGUGGGCAUGGAGGCGCCGAUGCACUGUGGCAGCAGUAACAGCAACGACUUCGACUCGCUCAACGACUCCGAUUCGGCCGUCGUGCUCGAGGACGUCGAUUCCGACUGCAACAGUUCGAUCUACUUCGGUGGCAGCAUCGGUGGCGGUGGCGGCAGUCUAAAGUCCCGCUGCGGCGGGGCCAACAAGAUGACGAACGACGUCACGAUCGUGCGGUCGAUUUCGGACGCGAUCGAAACGAACCUCAAGUACAACAACACCCGCCGCUCGAACUGCUUCCUGCGGCGCCCGGAAAUCCUCGAGACGGUGUACAGCGUCGAGGAGGAUCCCGAGCCACAGAACGCGGGCUCGACAGCCGGGAGUGGUGGCGGUCCGGGAAGCGGCACCGCCAGUGCCGAAACGUCCCCGAAACCGGACGCCGUCAGCGAGCGGCGCGAUAAGUUCAAGAACCGCACGGAGAAGUGCUGCACCUCGACGGACCUUCCGGCGGAGUCGCUGGUGGGCGGCGGUGGUGCCGGAACGCCGGUCAUCAUCACCAGCAGCAGUUGCGACGUGGACUCGGAUGGCUGCGGAACCCCGACACAGGUCGUCGGCUGCCGAACGCAGGGGGCCGUGACGAACUUUAACCGCGUGAUGUCGAACCACCGAUCGGUCACGAAACCGAAGGACGUUAAGUACAAGCGCAUCAACAAGGCCAAAUCGAAGAGUCUGGAGGAGCUGCGCGGUCGGCUGAAGCACUGGGUCGAGCGGGGUACCUGCAACAUCAACCUGAGCCUCGAUCCGAACACCGGUGGCGGCCCACCCAGCCAUCUGGCGGAGCACUGCGGAGCGGGCAGUCUGCAGCAGUCGCCGGCGCAGCCCCAGGCGAACCUCGCGCAAAGCUACGCGUGA